CUGUAUGAGGCCAAUUUUGCAAUAGUGCGUAAUAUUGUAUAAUUUAUCACUACAGCUUAAACACUACAUUCAGAAUGUAGAAGUGUUACUGAACGAUGGGAGAAAGGUCUUCUUUGAUGAAAAUGGGGAUCUCCCAGCAAUAUAUGACAUUGUUAACUGGCAAGUGGGAGCUAAUGGACUCAUGAAGACAGUCAAAGUGGGAAGCUAUGAUACAGCCGCCACUGAUGGGAACAUCUUCACCAUUAAUUUAAGUGUCAUCAGGUGGCCCCCGGGAACAGGACAGGUCCCAGCAUCCGUCUGCAGUGGCAGUUGUUCUCCAGGUUUCAGAAGGGUCAUCAGACGAGGAGAACCCACGUGUUGCUUCCAGUGCAUCCUGUGUCCAUACGGUGAAAUCUCCAAUAAAACAGACUCAGAUGAUUGCUACAAAUGUCCAUGGAAUCUGUGGCCCAAUAUUCAGAAGACCAAAUGCAUUUCAAAGACAAUUGAGUUCCUUUCAUUUGAAGGAUCAUUAGGCACUUCCUUGACAUCUACUGGCAUCAUCUCUUCCAUAAUCACAGUCUUCAUUUUGUGCAUUUUUGUCCACUACAGGAGUACUCCAAUUGUUAAAGCUAACAACUACACUUUGAGUUGCCAUCUUCUGCUGUCUAUAUCCCUCUGCUUUUUGUGUUCUUUAAAUUUAAUCGGUUACCCCAAGAAAGAGAAGUGUCUUCUGAGACAAACAGUAUUUGGAAUGGUCUUUGCCAUUUGCAUCUCAGUAAUCUUGGCCAAAACCACUAUGGUUGUAUUUGCAUUUAUGGCUAUCAAGCCUAACAGUAGACUCAGGAGAUGGACAAGUCCUAAGGUGUCCUACAUGAUAAUCUUCCUAUGCUCACUUGUACAGUUUUUUAUUUGUGUUCUUUGGCUUACUCGUUCCCCUCCGUUUCCAGAAUACAACUCUGUAACUGAGCCUGGAGUCAUCAUCGCUCAAUGUAAUGAGGGUUGCCCUUUUGCCUUCUGGUGCAUGUUGGGAUACCUCGGUUUGCUCUCAUUGAUCAGUUUCAUUGUUGCCUUCUUCUCAAGGAGUCUUCCUAGCAGCUUCAAUGAGGCCAAGUUCAUCACGUUUAGCAUGCUGGCCUUCCUCAGCGUCUGGCUGUCCUUUAUCCCGGCCACUUUGAGUGCUCGUGGCCAAUAUGUUAUUGCCAUGGAAGUCUUUGCCAUCUUAUCUUCAAGUUGGGCCCUUGUGAUCUGCAUGUUUCUCCCUAAAUGUUUCAUAAUAUUAUUCCAACCCAACAUGAACUUCAGAGAGAAUCUAAUGGGCAAAAGUAGAGAAGGAAUUAGAUGAAAUUUUACUGUACACUACCAUUUACUCCUUGGAAUUGACCUUUUACCAAGAAGACUUUCACGUGUUGCUGGAGGCUACAAGACUAGAAUUUACACAAAGAGGACAGUUAUGGUUGACUUCGGUUGACCGUGAUAACAAUUGUACAGUGACUGGUUCAUGUUUGGUGUCUCCUCCUUCCACAGUCUCUCUUCGUUCUAUGAGUGUUGCACCUCGGGUAGCUGUACAGAGAUGCAAAUUGCCAAUGCCUGAUUUAAUUCUGAACAGUUCUUCCUUACUGUAGCCACACACACUACCUCUACCAGCAGCUACAAUGCUUAUUACAAUAGCUUUUGUAUCUUGUGGUUCUGACACCUCAACGUAACAUGAUCAUUUGAUUGGGCAGCAGUUCUCAAAUGCAGUCCUCAAGGCACCCCAGCGGUCCAGGUUUUAAGUAUAUCCACGGCUCAGCACAGAUGGUUAAAUUAAAUUUACUGAGGUACUAAUUAAGUCAACAGUGGCCAAGCAUAAAUAUACUUAAAACCUGGACUGUUGGGGUGCCUUGAGGACUACAUUUGAGAAUCUCUGAGAUAGGGCCAUAUAACCUUUAGUUUCAGAUUAGGUUCUGUGAUGGAGCAAAGGCAAGGCUAGGUUAAUUUGUGAGAGCCUUCCCUGGUGUUGGGUGGCUCAGGCACCCCAGGUCUUAAAAUACUGAAACAAUUUGCACACAGAACUAAUGCUCACAGGCCAACAAGGGUUUCAUAAUCCAACACUUACUACAAAAAAUGAUAGAGAGGUAGCUUUAAAAGCUCCACUUAUGAAACAUAGUAAAUGCAAUUGGAGCAGCUCGCUUCAAACAUCAGUUUUCAUCUUCACUCUAGGAUAAUGUUCCUCCUCCAAGCUGAGAUUUCUAUGCAAAGUGAUACAAUCGCUGCAGCAAGAUUAUAACUAGGUCGAAAAGGGGUCAGGAAUAGAGAAGAUAGACAGAUAAAUCUGUAUAUUUGCUGAGAAAUUCACUAGUACAACCAAUGAUUGAUAUUUUAUUAUAUUUCAUUG